AAGCGGCGGAAGCCGGCGGGAGGGUCAUGACGCAGCGAGUUUCAGUUGUGACUUUUACAGGGGCAUCUCGGCGUCCUCUCUUUUUCCGUUUAAAGUGAAACACCGCCCGACGCAACCUCGUGCGUUUCGGGGGCGAGGGCGGCCGCCGCAGCGGGAGGACGGCGCUGACGCGAGCCUCUGUAGGGGGGCCCUGCGGCGGCGCGCGGUCACGUGGGCGUGUUUGGGGGCGGGGCCGCGCGGCGGUUCCGGGCGGUUGGGCGCGCGAGCGAGGAGCAGAGGCAGCCGCGCCCGCCCGCCCCGCCCCUGGAUGCCGCUGUGCCCCGGCGCGGCCGCCACCGAUCGCAGCACAGGAGCCGCCGCCGCCACGGUUGAUGUGGUUGGCCCGGGGCUGAGGAGGCCGCUAAGAUGCCGCAGUCCAAGUCCCGGAAGAUCGCGAUCCUGGGCUACCGGUCUGUGGGGGACACGGGUUCGAGCCCUGGUCUGGGAAGGUCCCACAUGCCGCGGAACAACUGGGCUCGUGAGCCACAACUGCUGAGCCUGCGCGUCUGGAGCCUGUGCUCCGCAACAAGAGAGGCCGCGACAGUGAGAGGCCCGCGCACCGCGAUGAAGAGUGGCCUCCGCUUGCCGCAACUAGAGAAAGCCCUCGCACAGAAACGAAGACCCAACACAGCCAUAAGGAAAUCCUCAUUGACGAUUCAGUUUGUCGAAGGCCAAUUUGUUGAUUCCUACGAUCCAACCAUAGAAAACACUUUCACAAAAUUGAUCACAGUAAAUGGACAAGAAUAUCAUCUUCAACUUGUAGAUACAGCUGGGCAGGAUUACAAGAUUGAAGAGUGUCGAUUUGAUUUGCUAGACAGUAACUGCCAAAGGGGACACGGGUUCGAGCCCUGUUCCGGGAAGAUCCCACACAGUGCAGAGCAACUAAGCCCAUGUGCCACAACUACUAAGCCUGCGCUCUAGAGCCAAUGAGCCACAACUACUGAGCCCACGUGCCACAACUACUGAAACCCACGCGCCUAGAGCCCGUGCUCCGCAACAAAGAAAAGCCAUCGCAGUGAGAAGCCCACACACCGCAAUGAAGAGUAGCCCCCGCUUGCCGCAACUAGAGAAAGCCCGCGUGCAGCAACGAAGACCCAACGCAGCCAUAAAUAAAUGUAUGUAUGUAUGUAUGUAUGUAUAACAAUUUUUAAAAAUCCAUUAAAAAAGAAAGAAUCCCCCUGCCAAUGCAGGGCACACGGGUUCGAUCCCUGGUCCGGGAAGAUUCCACAUGUCGCAGAGCAGCUAAGCCCGUGUGCCACAGCUACUGAGCCCGCGCACCUAGAGCCCGUGCACUGCAAUGAAGAAUAGCCCCCACUUGCCGCAACUAGAGAAAGCCAGCACGCAACAAUGAAGACCCAACGCGGCCAAAAAAAAAAAAAAGGAUUUCGGUUUGCUUUUAUAUCUUUGUUUUGAAUUUUCAUUAAGCUUGUGGAAAGUAAGGGUAAGGAUGCAGAUUGAUAAAUUACUUUCACGUAACGUAACUAUAGCAAUUCAUUUUAUAAUAGGCCAGAAGGAGAAUCAGUAUUUUGUAGUUGUUUGGAGCGUGGGCUCUGCAGUCACACUGCCUGGAUUUGAAUCCUAGGUUUUCUUACUAACUCGUUGACCUUGAGAAAGGUAACAAACUUUUCUGUGCCUCAUACGUUUCAUCUGUAUAAUGGUGAUAACUGUGGUGCCUGCCUUCACAGGAUUGUUAUAUGUUUUAGAGGCGAUUUAUGAGCUUCAACAGAACUUGAUCCUUACUUGUAGUUCUUUGAUGCCACUGAGGCUAGAGUGGUGGCCUAGCAUGGAAACUCAGUUGAGGUUCACAAUGUGAGUGGGAGUCGUGCAGGAGUCUGUUAUACUUGAAGGAGAGCUGUCCUUGAAAACAUUUCUCGGGA